UGUGCGCACCCGCACGCAUGAGUAGGCUCUGAAUGCCGCUGCUGAUCGAAAGUAUGGUUAAGAUCGAGCCCAGCAUGAUGAACGGCAUCGGCGGCGGUGGUGGUGGUCAGAUGACGACGAUGUUCGGAGUGGCGCGGGCCCCGCUCAAGAGCAGCUUCUCGAUAAACUCGAUCCUGCCGGAAACGAUGAAAUCCUCACCCUCGCAAACGCCUUCACCCACCCUCCAAUCGUGCCCCUCACCGAUUGGCUCCGAGGAACAGGAUCACGAUCUGACCGACACCGAGAGUGAUCUUGACGUCACCGGUACGCCACCUCCGAUGGAUUGUAGCAGCGGAAAGGACAAAUCGGAUGAGGCCGAAGGUGAGGGUGGCCGUAGCAGUAGCAGCGGUAGCAGCAGCACCUCCAGCCCGGCCAAGGAUGGUAGCGAUGGGAAGAAGGGCAACGAGAAGCCACCGUACAGUUACAACGCGCUCAUCAUGAUGGCAAUCCGGCAGAGUGCCGAGAAGCGCCUAACGUUGAACGGGAUCUACGAGUACAUUAUGCGCAACUUCCCGUACUACCGGGACAACAAGCAGGGCUGGCAGAACUCGAUCCGUCACAACCUCAGCCUCAACAAGUGCUUCGUGAAGGUUCCGCGGCAUUACGACGAUCCGGGCAAGGGUAACUACUGGAUGUUGGAUCCGUCGGCCGAGGAUGUGUUCAUCGGUGGAUCGACCGGCAAGCUGCGGCGUCGUUCGACGGCCGCAUCCCGCAGCCGGUUGGCCGCCUUCAAGCGCUCGCUCGUCGGUCCAAUGUUCCCGUCGCUCGGUUACCCUCAGUUCGGUCAGUUCCUGUAUCCGUCGCACGCCGCCCAAGCUCAGACGGCACUCCUGGCCGCCCAGAUGUACCGUUACGGUCCGUACGCACCGAGUAUGGCCCCGAAACCACCGACGUUGCCCCUUCCGCUGCCACUCGGUGCCGUCGGUGCCGGGUUCGGGAUGGAUCGGUUACUUGGGGCGGCCGCGGCCGCCGCCAACUCACCACCGAUGCACCCGGCAGCACCCCCCACCUCGAUGGCCAGCCCGGCCCAGCAGCAGGCGGAAAUCUACCAAAGACUCCAGUACCACCAGCACCUGCUCCAGCAUCAUGCGGCUGCCCAGCAAGCGGCCGCGGCCGCAGCCGCCCACCAAGCCCAAGCCCACCAUCAGGCACAGGCACAGGCGGCCGCUGCCCAUCAUCACCUUCAGCACCAACACCAGCAACACCAGAACACCAGCAACAUCACCAGCAACAGCAGCAGCAGUUGAGUCCCACCGGAAGCACCGACAGUUCCGUGCAUCAUCCUUCCUCCUCGCCGCACCAUCCACACCCGCAACAUUCGCCGCUCGGCCAUUCCCUCCCACAGGGCUCACCGACCGGUCACAUCGGUGGUGGUGGUGGUGCUGGUGGUCCGCCACCGACCAUCUUCAAACCGAUCACGCUCGUAUCGCGCCAGCAGAGCUAGAGGCCGGGAUGCGGUUUGCAACCUACAAAUUCAUACAAAAAGGCAAACGCCUGACCAGUGAUAGUAGCAUCGUUAGCAUUUGAACUUAGGAAGCUAAUCCCCCCUCCAUCCUCCAUGUUUUGUGUUUUGUGGUGGUGGUGGUGGUGAUCGUGGAGCAAUCAGGAGCAGCCAGUACGAGUAGUAGUAGUAGAGCCAGCGCCUAGUGUUAAUCGCGAAACCGAAGCUGUGACUUAAUGAGAGCAAACAGAGCAAAGGACGCAAUAGGAGCUACAAGGAGUGGUUAGAAGGGAGACGGGAAAGGAAGGAAGGUGAAAGAGCGUGUCUGGAUCGCCUCGAAAGUAUUAGUAAAUUUUAGUUUUGCCUUUACCUGCCUAAGUCUAAGUAGUAGUAGUAGUAACUGCCUCGUUAAGAAUCGAUCCUACAAUGUUUGGGAGCUUAUGCAGGAGCAGCGUUUAAAGGAGCAACUGUACAUAAGAGAAGACCGAAGGGGAGAUAGAAAGUGAAGGUUUAAGUUAUAAAAAAAGUGGGAAAAUCGGGAGAGAAAAUGGUGGUGAAGAAAAUGUGAAAAUAUA